CUUCCACGUUUUCUUCCCCAAUAAGUACCCACGUCUCUUUUGCUUCAUUGCACAAAAUUUACAGUUCAGUUCUUGAAUUUUCUCUUUCUAUUCAGUUUCAGUCCUUCUGUUUCCAUGGUGAAGCUCCGUUUACUCUCCGUUAUCUUCCUCCUUUUCUUUAACGCCGUUACUGGUGAUUAUUUCAUCGGAAUUAACUACGGCACCGUCGCUAACAACCUUCCACCGCCGUCCCAAGUCGCCGGUUUCAUCAGAGACAAAACCACCUUUAACAAAAUCAAGAUUUUUGACUCUAACGGAGACAUUAUCCGUGCAUUUGCAGAUACCGGCGUUUGGGUUACCGUUACGGUACCUAACGGAGAGAUUCUGUCAGUUGCUAAACCUACUAGUGCACAAUGGUGGGUUGAAGAAAAUGUGGUUCCCUUCUAUCCACGUACAAGAAUUGAUCGUAUUUGUGUUGGAAAUGAAGUUAUGGCUACUGGUGAUAAGAAUCUUAUUGCCCAUUUAGUCCCCGCCAUGAAAGCGAUUCAUGAAGCUUUGUUAGCAGCUGGAAUUCAUGAUAUUCAAGUUUCAACUCCGCAUUCAAUGGGCAUAAUGGCCCGCUCCGAACCACCAAGUUCGGGUCGGUUCAGACCCGUAUACGAUCGGGUCAUUUUCGCCCCGAUGCUUGAGUUUCACCGUGAAACUAAAUCGCCAUUCAUGAUUUGUCCGUAUCCGUUCUUCGGGUUUAACGAUGGAACUCUGGAUUAUGCUUUGUUUAAGGAUAAUAAUGGAGUGUAUGAUGAAGCUACUGGGAAGAAUUACACUAACAUGUUUGAUGCACAGCUUGAUGCUGUGUAUUCAGCUAUGAAGGAUUUGGGUUAUGAUGACGUGGAUAUCGUUGUAGCGGAAACGGGUUGGCCAUCUGCGGGUGACCCGGGUCAACCCGGUGUAAGUUUGGAGAAUGCUGUUUCGUAUAAUGUGAAUCUUGUGAAGCAUGUAAAUUCUGGUGUUGGUACGCCAUUGAUGCCAAACAGGACCUUUGAGACUUACCUUUUCUCAUUGUUCAAUGAAGACCUUAAGCGUGGCACUUCGGAGCAGAAUUUCGGGUUGUUCCGACCCGAUUUCAGCCCCAUUUACGACGUGGGUAUUCUGCGGAAUUCACAGCCCCCUCCGCCUGCUAUGGCACCUCAAGCGUGGAAGAAAUGGUGUGUGCCGAGGCCAGAUGCAAGUGAUGCAGCAUUGCAAUCGAACAUAGACUUCGUGUGUGGUUCAGGACUAGAUUGUCAACCGAUAAAAGAUGGUGGUCCUUGCUACGAGCCUAAUACUGUUAGAGCUCAUGCUUCUUACGCGAUGAAUGCUUUUUAUCAAGUAAAUGGUGGUAACGAUUAUGACUGCGACUUCAUUAAUACUGGCCUAGUCUCCGUCAAUGAUCCUAGUUACGAAGAAUGUACGUAUGCUGCUUAAAGUGGCAAAUGAGGGCCCUAGUAAGGUGCUGGCUCUUUCUUUCGAGCAUUGGAGUUAGUAGAAUGUAUUAGAAAAAUAUGAUAGUAAUAUUUUGGCACAGUCCAAUGGCUUGUGGUGCUGUAACGUUUUGUUAUUUUUCAAGCCUGAAGAGUUCAAAGUUAAUUUUGCAUAUGGAUAUGCAAAGCUAUUAGCCUCCACCGUCCUUUACUUGUUUCACUGAUAGUGCAAUACUAAUUUGCCUGUGGAUAUGAUGUGACAUCUCA